AUGGUAGCUGUUACUCGUGCUGCGUUAGCUCGUCAACUGCAAUCAACAAAGACAACUCGUGCUGUUGUAUCACGAGUUGUAAGAAAAAAGUCUACUAAACAAAAGAAAAGAAUAGUUAAACAACGUGCAACAAAAACAUCUACCACUUCAGCACCAUUGCAACCAUUUAAUGACGUCGCAGGCAAAAGUAAUAUUACUAAUGCCAUUGGAUAUGAUCGUUUCGGGAAUGCAACAGGAAGAGAAUAUGAUUUGGGUCGAGAUGGAGCAUUUAUGGGGUUUAAUGUUUUGAUUGCACAAUUCUAUUGGGAUUCUCAAUUUAAUGACACAGCAAUACAAGUACCGAUAGAUGAGUUAAAAAAGAAAGGUUUUCAAGUGAAACAUAUUAAAACGGAGGAUGAAUGUAUAACAGAACUUGCCUCAAAUCGUUAUCAAAUCACAUGGAUUAUUAGUGGUAUUAGGCCAAUUCAAAAUCCAAAAUUUAUUCCAUCUUUAACAGCUUUUCAUUCGGCUGGUGGUGCUAUUUUUUUAUUUGCUGAUAAUACACCAGGCGUAUAUCAUGCAUCUGAAUUUCUUAAAACAAAAUUUGGUAUUACUGUCGAUGGAAAUUAUUAUGGCGGACAAACAAUGACAUACAAAGAAGAUGGUCAUCGGGGAAAAGGAAAUUUCGGUCAACAUGAAAUUUUUACUGGUAUCACAAGUUUAUUCGAGGGUAUCACUAUAUCUCAUCCAGUAUAUUCAACAACAGUAAGUCGCGAGAUAUUCAUUCCAAUAGCAACUGCUAGUGAUGGUAAUACUAGUAUUGCAACGUAUGAUCCACCUUCGACAUCAACAGAAGGACGAUUAUGUUUAGAUUGUGGCUUUACAAAAUUGUAUGUUAAUUGGGAUUCAGCAGGUACAGCUCGGUACAUUGUUAACGCCAGUUGUUGGCUUUUAGGAAUUGGAAAACAUUAG